ACUUAGGAAGAAUGUAACGUGACAUGUAAACGUUAGUCAGUGAGAUUGAGAAAGCUUGCCAUUCUUUAUCGCACAUUAUCUUCGUAGAUAACUAGCAAAUGAGAGAAAGAGCCAACGAGGUUCCUUGCCCCUAAUGUGACAGGAGAUCUGAUCUGUCAGACAGGUUCACCGUUCACACUUCACUCUGUCUCUCUCAGCUGAUCGGUAAGAAUUCGGGCAACCCGUCGUUGCUAGGUGCUUCUUCUUCCGACAACUUUUUCCAAGACUUCAUUUCUCGGUUAUUUGACACUUACUACAAAAUGGCCUCUAGAAAUUUGCUUCUCUUGUCAAACUCAACAAUCCAUGGUAGUGGAUAUUUAGAAUGGGCUGCCAAGGAAAUUAAUGACUUCUUGAAAAGUAAAAAUGUGAAGAAAGUGUUAUUUGUACCGUAUGCUUUGCGAACUAUGGAUAAAUAUACUGAAACAGCCAAGAAGAAAUUUACCUCCUGGGGAUACCAGUUAGAAGGGAUUCAUUCUGUAGAGGAUCCAGCAGCAGCUGUAAAUGAAGCUGAAGCCAUAUUCAUUGGAGGAGGAAAUACAUUUCAACUGUUAAAGUGCUUGUACGAUAAUAAUUUAAUAGAACCUAUUCGCAAGAGAGUUCUUGAGGAUGGUGUUCCUUACAUUGGAAGCAGUGCAGGAACUAAUGUUUCAACAAUCAGUAUUAAUACAACAAAUGAUAUGCCCAUAGUAUACCCACCAAGUUUCAGUGCCUUGGGCUUAGUACCAUUCAACAUCAACCCUCAUUACAUUGAUGCCAAUCCUGCAAGCAAGCAUAUGGGGGAAACAAGAGGGGAGCGUAUCAACCAGUACCAUGAAAUUCCUGGCACCCCUCCUGUUCUUGGUCUCAGAGAGGGAUCAAUGCUACUUGUUGCUUCAAACUCAGCUAUACUGAAAGGCCAUCAUCCUGCCAGACUAUUCAGACCGGGAAAGCAACCAGAAGAGUUUCCACUAAAUACAGAUUUCUCAUUUCUUCUGUAGUUUAUAAAUUAUGUUUUAAUAAUACUAUAAUGGCUAUUAUGACAGUACGAUUUAGUAUGAAUUUUUAGUGUUGAUAAAUCUAUAGAAAGUUUGUUUCUAAAUUUUAUAAAGAAUACCUUAAAUCUAUAGAAAGUUAAUAUCUAAAUUUUAUAAAGAAUCUUCUAUUAUUACAGUACAUUAGUACUUAAUGUAAAUAUAUAAUGGAAAGGAGCAAGAAUCAACAAUAUUACAUAGUAUAUUUAAGCAAUCAAACUUUUAUCACAGUAAGUACGUAGUACACACUUACAUAAAGAGUAAAGGAGUAAAAGAAAAAAUAUGAAUGAAUGAAUGAUGACAAAGGUGUGACUUUCACCUUUAAGGAAUGUUCAGUCUUCAUGCUACAUGUAGUCACAACAGCUCUAACUUGGCAGCUUAUAAUGUUAACAAAAAUGAGAAGCGGUGCUUUCCAUGAGGUAUGGCUGUUGACAAGAGUAGAGUUAAGGUUACCUUAUACAAAGAAGUAAAGGUAGGGUACCAUUUCCAAUAUAGUUUUAUCACAAUGCCUGGUUUUAAUACUCGUACAGAUAUAGUGGUUGCCAGCAGGAAUAUAUAAAUGAAAAUCACUAACCUUAACCUGAAAUACCUACCUGAUGUCAUGAAUUCAUGUAGCCUAUGUUAAAAUAUGAAAAUAGAAAUAAUGACUCCACUGUACUGCAACAUUUCAUAUUCCUCUUUAACAUACAUUAGAACUAGAACAAUCUAUUAAUUAUGGGAAUUUUAAUUGCGGCUUUUUGCAGUAAUUAGUUUUAAUAUUAGUUUUUUUAGGACAUAUAUUUUAUUAAGAAACAUGGCUCUAAUUGUGAUUGUUACAUUUAUGGAAUAAUGCUGUUAUUUUGUAAUAUCUACAAUAAAUGUGAUAUUCUUU